UCUACCUUCAAGUUCAGUGACGAUCACUUUGAAAUUGUCGACAAACUCUGUGUUGUGAUAAUUCGUAGAUUUAUUGACAUAUGGUAGCCAUAUAGUUCAACUGUAGAAAAACUGAUUUCAGAAAGUCGAUAGAAUGCAAUUUACUUGCGUAAUGCAGUCAGUCAGAAUGCUGCAAAAGAAAGCCAUUAGGUCCAUUGGUGAACAUGUCGUAUUUUGCGUCGUUUAAAGGUGCAAACAAAGGUGCGUUUAGGGCUCUAGUGCGUGAAAGAUACAGCAACCCCCAGAAGUGCUAGUUGUUACAAUGGGUGUUACAACUCAGUACCUACGUUUUGUGGCCGGACCAUCGUUUGGAGCAGUCAGUAACGCCGAUGGUCACGCAAUUUUUAUACGAAUCAAGUCGAUGAAACACCGCUAUGUUGCUGUGACAGUCUGUGAAGAUGUCAUCCUUUGGGAUCUCAAAACAAAACAGAAGUUAACUGUUUGCAAAGGUGAUAAAUCGGAGGCUGUACGUUUAUGCGUUCUUAAUGGAGGUCUCCUUGCGGUUGGUUAUGCCGACGGGACAGUAAAAGUUUUCUCUUUUGAGGAUGGCUCACUUCGAGUUGCCCUUCAAGGGCAUAGGGCUGGAGUUACUUGUAUGACGUUAGAUCCUAGUGGAAGUAAAUUGGUAACUGGUGCAAAGGACGGUGUUAUCAUUGUAUGGGAUAUUGUUAACGAGAGUGGUCUUUAUCGAUUGAGAGGUCACAAAGGACCCAUAACGCAGGUAAGUUUCUUAUCUGAAUCAGUCCUAGUAUCAUCAUCAAAGGACUCGUUUAUUAAGUUCUGGGAUCUAGAUACUCAGCAUUGCUUCUAUACACUUGUCGGCCACCGCGGCGAAGUUUGGGACUUUGUGGUCAUCGAUGGAAAAUGGCUGGUUAGUGGAACAUCGGCGCCGGAACUGACUGUGUGGCGCUUGUCAUUUGUAAAGGCCGAUGGUUCAGAAGGAAGAAAUUAUGAAGAAGUGAAAAAAACUAGAGCUGACGGAUCAUUUCAGCUCGAGAAAGAUGAUGAGGAUACCCGAGGCGGAAACGAGUUAUCAGAUCAGAGAAAAAAUGAGGAUAACGAAGCAGGCGAUACUGAAAUAGCCUCUCCCCUCCGGUUGGCACGUUUAGGGACGAUUCUUCGGCAAGGAAAAGGUCGAACAUGCGGUCUGAUUUUAGAUAAACGUUCGUUUGUAAUCGCUUGUUGGGGCCAAGAUCAUCAGGUUGAGAUUUUCCGCAUGCUCACCGAGGAUGAGGUCCGCAAAAAGCACAGCAAAAGACUUAAGAAGGAACUCAAGCGGAAGGCUGAAGACGACGAUGUCAAGGUCGAAAAAGAAAUCUCUGUGAGGGAUCUGGUGCGACGACUCAACGUAAUCUCAUGCAAGGGAAAAGUGUCUACUGCCGACAUCUUGGUCGAAAAAUCUACAUCCUCACUUCGUGCUCUUAUCGGACUGAAAAGCAACGCCCUCGACAUCAUGGAGCUCUACUUUGAAGAGAAGAAGGAACCCGCCAAGGUGGUCGACAGCUUGCGUCAUCUUGGACACCGGACAGAUGUUCGUACCCUCUGUUUCACAUCGGAUAACGCUGGUAUCAUUUCGGCCUCUGGAGAGCAGUUGAAACUCUGGAGCGCACAGUCAUUUCAAUGUAUUCGUUCGUUAGACUGUGAAUACGCCUUAAGUUGUGGCCUGCUACGAGGAGAUCGGCAUGCCGUAGUCGCUACAAAGACAGGGAAAAUUCAGUUGUUUGAUCUGGUUACCGGCGAACUCACUGAAACAAUCGACGCCCACCAAGGACCGUGUUGGUCAUUAUGCUUCACACCAGAUAAAAAAGGUCUGGUGACUGGGGGAAGCGACAAAGUCGUUAAGUUCUGGGACGUCGAAAUCAAUAAGGAGGCUCGGAAAUUCACCCUUAAGCUAAUCAGGUGUCUCGAAAUGCCUGAAGAAAUUCUCUGCUUGAAAAUUUCUCCAAACGCGAAGCUCCUUGCUGUCUCCUUGGCGGACAAUACCGUCAAGGUAUUCUUCAUGGACAGCUUGAAGUUCUUUUUGUCCUUGUAUGGACACCAGUACCCUGUUCUGUGUAUGGACAUUUCGGACGAUUCCAAUCUGCUAAUAUCAGGCUCGUCGGAUAGAAAUGUGAAGAUCUGGGGACUUGAUUUUGGUGACUGCCAUAAGUCACUAUUCGCGCACUCAGACUCUGUCAUGGGUGUCCAAUUCCUGCCUAAGUCGCACCAGUUCUUUUCUGUAGGCAAAGACAAGAUUGUAAAGCACUGGGAUGCCGAUAACUUCCAGCGUGUUCUCACACUCGAGGGUCAUCAACGCGAGGUGUGGGCAUUGGCAGUUAGCCCAAAUGGCAAGCAUGUUGUAACGGCAAGCCAUGACAAAAGUAUACGAAUAUGGGAUAAAACAGAGGAACCGUUGGUUCUCGAGGAACAGCGGGAAAUAGAACGCGAAGAAGAAGCUGAAAAGGAGUUAGACACUGAGGAAGCGGUAAUUCCACGAGAGGGCGAAGAGGAAGUAGCCAUGGCCGGCAAGAAAACUCUGGUCACAAUAAAAUGCGCAGAGAGGCUUCUCGAAGCCCUUGAUGUGUUUGAAAAAGAGGCUGAGAAAGAAGCCGAAGCGAAAAAAGCUGGCACCAAACCAGCGGCGCCCCAUGUUCUCCUUAUGAUACACCGAACAACGUGCCGUUUCCGCUAUAUCCUUGAAGAGAUCAAGCGGAUUACGGCUGCGGAAAUGGAAGAGACUCUUAUUGUGUUGCCCUUCGAUCAGGUGCUGGCAUUGUUAGAAAUUCUUGUAGAUCUAAUUGAACGAGGUUGGGAUGUUGAGUUAAUGGCUAGAGCACUCUUCUUCUUAAUUCGAAUUCAUUCAGGGCAGUUGCUUGUUACUGCAUCUGCUGUGAAGAUUAUGGACAAGGCCCAGCGGGUGGUUCGGAGCCAAAUGACGCAACUAGUAGAUCUUGUGUCAUUCAACCUUCAAGCGCUCUCGUUUGUUCAACGCGAAGCUGAAGAACAUAGCGAGGAGAGCUUCUUUGCUGAUGCUACAGCGCGGCUCAAAAAGAAAAAGAAGCGAGCGGAUAAAGUACGCGACCAAACGGUCAUCGUGUCUAUUCCGUAGGGUGUCUUACUGCGGUAUGAAAUGGCCUAAUGGAAAAUUCAGUAAAAAGGGACGGACUGGUUGCGAGUAUUUUUCUCCAGAAAAAAAGAAAGAUACUUAAUACUGGACAUAUAAAUUAAUUUGCCUUUAUGUAUUUGUACUUCAGGAGUUGCAAAUAGACUGCAGACUACUGUACAUAAGCAAACAUGUGCAUACUAUAUAU